CUCCUGCCUGAACGGUGGGAAUGCGGGGGGGGAGGCUGCGAGGGACGUUUUGCUGCUGUGGAGAUGGGAUGUCCCUGCUCAGGGGGACAUUGGUGUGUCCCCAGCAGCCGACUCUCCCUCCCCGGGCUCCUGCAGCCACCACGAGCCCCCGGCCAUCAGGGUACCAACCCCCCCCGCCUGCUCCCUUGUGCCCCCUUCGGCUCCAAAACGUCCAGGAGCGAUUUAAAAUCCUGCCGGGAUUUACAGGAACAGCCGCGCUCGGCCUGGAGGUGGCGGAGGGACGGGACUUGUUUAAUCCCGUCCGUGCGCCAGGGCUGAAGGCCCUUCCUGGCUCCUUCCCGGCUCCUUCCCGGCUCUUUCCUUCCCGGCUCCUUCCCGGCUCCUUCUCUGCUCUCUCCCGGCUCUUUCCCGGCUCCCUCCCGGCUCCUUCCAGCAGGGACGGAUCCUGCGAUCGCGGCACUGCGGUGACACCGGAGGGGUCUCGGGGCUGUGCGGACGGAGAUCGGGACCGGGGUGUCCGGCAGGAUCGGAGCGUCCAUCGGCUCCCGGAGGCCGGAGCGGGCCUGGCGCAGGGUCCCGGUCCCGCGGCCCCCGCGGCCCCCGCGGCCCCGGCCAUGGAGGAGCGAAGGAAGAAGCGGAGCCCCAAGACCUGCCUGGCUCAGCCGGUGCCCGCCGGGGCCCCGCGGCCGCUGCCCCCGAGCAAGAGCACGUCCUUCGCUCUGCCGCUGCCCACGCUGCCCUCGCCCCGGCAGCGGCCGCGGCCCCGCCGGACCAGCAAGGAGCGGGCGCGGGCGGCAGCGGGGGGGUCCCGGGGGGCCCCGCUCCAGCACAGCUUCCUCACGGAUGUGUCCGACGUGUGCGAGAUGGAGGGGGGACUGCUCAGCCUCCUCAGCGACUUCCACUCGGGAAAGCUGCAGGCGUUCGGGAAGGAGUGCUCCUUCGAGCAGCUGGAGCACGUGCGGGAGAUGCAGGAGAAGCUGGCACGGCUCCACUUUGGGCUGGACGUGUGUGUGGAGGAGCUCCCCGAGGAGCAGAAGAAGGCGGCGGCUGACAGGAACCUGGAGCAGCUGCUGGCACACCUGGAAGAGCUCAGCAGCUCCAUGUAUCCUUGGCUGGGCACGGGGAGGGAAGGGGAAGGGGAAGGGGGAUGCCCGGCCCGGCUCCAGCGCUGCCCCGGGCCAUGCCAGGCCUGUGCCAGGGGGUUCCUGCUGCGGAGGCGGCUCCGGGGCCUGCGGGAAGAGUUCGAGGCCGUGGUGCUGGAGAUCGAGGGGGACCUGGGGCAGCUGCGCUGGACCGGCCGCGUUCUGCAGCGGCCGUGCUUCGGGCCUGAGCCCUCCCCAGGGAAUCCCUUGGAUCCAGGGCAGCCUGCAGAGAACGAGACCAUUCCCAAAAAAAUCCCGGAGAAGCCGGAUCCCCCUGGAGCAGAGCAGGCUGGGAGCUGUGGGAACAUCCCCCCCUCAGCCCCUCUGCCCAGGGGGACAACCCCAAAACCCCCAAAUUUGGGGUCUGGUGCUGCUAAAAACCUGGAAAAGGAGGGAAGAGCCCUGGCAGGGAGCCAGGAGUGGGACAACGACAGCGUGGACUCAGAAUGGGACAGCAGCGACCUCGGAGCCAGCCCAGAAAUCCCAGCGGAUCUGCAGGGCCUUCCGCGCUCGGAGCUGCAAUCCCACAGGAACCAUCUCCUGAUGGAGCUGCUGUGGAUCCAACAGGCCAUUGCCAGCAGGAAACAUUUCCUGAUGCUGAAACGGAGGCUGGGAAUUCCCGACCACUCCAGAAACAUUCCCGAGUUCCUGGAUGGGUUUGGAGAAGCCCUGGAGCUGCAGCACCAGUCCUGAUGUGACAGUGACAGUGACAGUGACAGCUCAGGGGGAGCUCCAGCUCCCUGGGAGGUUUUUCACUCCGGAAAAACGUGGGAAGAAAAACUUUUUGUGGAUAUUUGGUCCAAGCAGGAUUAAACAUCAUCAAGGGGUUGUGGAGUGUCCUGGAGGGAUCCAUCCCACGGGAUCCUUGUUUUUCUUAGCUGAGCUGGAUGAUCCAAGUGGGAAAUGGAGGAUUUUCACUUCCAGCAGGUGCUUUUGGUGCUGUUGUGGACCUGGAAUGGCUGAAGGCAGCAGGGACCUGCAGGAAUGAGCUCUUCCCACAAAAGUGUGUGGAAUUCCACGUGGGAAUCUGUGUUUGGGGUGGCUCUGCAAUAUCCAGGAUCUCCAAGUGGUGGAGUUUUGGGAACACUGAAGUGCUGAGUGGGGAGGAGAUCCCUGACUGUGCUGUGUGGGUAGGGAGGGAGCCCCAUCCCCCUGAUCCUUGGGAUGAGGCUCAUUCCUGCCUUUCCUCUGGCUCUGGGAAUUUUCUCCUGGGGCAGAGCCAGGAAAGGACCUGGUGCUUUGCCAAUUCCUUCAGCUCAGGGAUGUUCCAGGUCCCUCAAAAAGGGACUUUCCACGUGGUGCUGUGGUUCCCUGACCCCUGUGUGGACACUCCAGAUGUGGAUCCUUCUCUUCUGGAAUUAUUUCUACUCUUUGGGAAUAAAAAAAAAAAACAAAAACAA